AUGACCUCCCUUCAUGCUUAUGCAGCUUUGAAAUUUGUCGCAUUUAUGGCGGCGUUGAUUUCUGUGGAAGGGACAUUGGAAAGCGAAAAUUCAAGCGGUCUGUCUACUGGGAGCAGUUAUUGGUAAGGGAAAACAACCCUUUACGGGAAAGUCUCCGCAAGUUUUGUUAUCUUUUCUCAUCGUCUCUAACUUUUUAUUAGUUCGCUUGUUCUUGUGAGUACGUUGGACGGACGUGUCAGCGCGUUGGAUACACGGGAAAAUGGAAAACUUUUGUGGUCUUUGCCUGCCUUUCACGGUCCACUGCUGUCCUCAAGUCUCAGUUCAAUUCAGGUGUGUUUUAUUUAUGUUAUUUAUUUAAUACUUUAAGACCGUGAAUUAGUUGUUAAAGGAGCCAAUUGUUUAUAGAAUACAAUCAUCUGAACUUGUUUGUGGGCAUUAAUGUUUCCCAAGGGGGGAUAUAGCUUUGCGCCCGGAUGACGUGGGAAUCCCCAUAAAGUUGGACUGGUAAAACUUUCUGUCAUUAACAAUCGGUAAUGGUCAAACCUAUUUUGCUGUUAGCAUAUUUUUUGUCGUGAUCUCUACAAGAUCUAUAAGCAAACAUGCUAACAUAAGAUCAUAUUUUAAUGCUAUUUUGUGCCUUGUAAAUAGUAAAUUAUUAUUAUUAUUAUUAUCUUUUGCCCAAUUUGUUUGUUCAGAUGGCCAAACACGUUGGUCUGAUCCCAUCAUUAGAUGGUGGACUUUACCAGGUCAAUGGGGAUAAAGUAGAGGUAACGUUAAAUUAUGCUUUGUUUCUUAUUUUAUUUAUAGUUUAGCUUUAUUCUAUUUCCCCUCUUAUAUUUUAAUGCGUUUUACACACUAUUUUGCAGCCUAUUCCUUUUACUGCCGACACCCUUCUGGGCUCAUUCUACAAACUUCCAGAUGGUUCCAUCCUUGUUGGUGGCAAGGAAGCAACUACUUGUGGAAUUGAUCCUUCUUCUGGAAAGGUAAGACUCUUAAGUGCAUUUUAGUACAUUUGUUAUUUACUCAUGGACUGUCAAUUAUGCUUUAGCACAUCAUACUGUAUACAUGUACAUGUACAUGUAUGUGCCUAUUCCCGGACACUUUUUGCAUUUAUUUCAAUAACUUACCUCAGAAAGUUGGGAGCGAGCUGAUACUUUGCUAUUAUAUAGUUCCUUCGAUUUGCUAACAUGUCCUAAAGACUGGAUGGUUGAUUGCCAAAGGUUUCUCAGUAAUUUUUGAAAAAAAUAGUAGAAGUUUAGUGGCCUUUUCGCAGACAGGUAGUUCCUAUUCUCGGACAACUGUUCAUAGAUGAUUAAUCCUGUUCAUCAUGUUAGUAUACGUCUCACUGAAGAAAAACGAAGUAACAUUAAAAGUAAACAAUCCCUUUUUCUGACUUGAAAAGCAUUUUAAAGUCAGUUUUGGUGAGUCCAUCCUCAAGUAUUCGUUGUAGAUUUAGCAUGCUUAUUUUAAAAACAAACAAGCACUGUUAAAAUAUUUUGCCAUUUUGGAAAUGGCGUAUGUAAGUUAAUCCUGACAGCUCGCUGUCAAAUCAGGUAAGUUUCAGCUAGGAGAAGCUAGGAAAAAUAAUUUUUUCGCUCUUCUUUUAUAAAACUGUUGCUGAACUUGAAAAUGUGUUUGGCUUUCGUGCGGUCUGAGAAUAGGCUUACCUCACAAAACUAUACCAAGUUUUUCCCGUGUUCUUGCUCGAAAAUGUGACACAGUUAACUCAUAAUUCUUAAACCUUGUUCCUUUUUGUCUGACUUUCUCCAAAAGUUAGUUAUUUCUGUUGAGUAUUUGGUGAGAACAGAGUGCAAACUGAAACAAUGUAAUUCAAUGUGCGGUGAAAUGCAAACUUUGACAGAAACACAUUUCCGGCCUAAACCCAACGAGACUGGUCCUAAAAAGGGCUAGAGAAAGUAGAUGAACCAAUAACUCAAUGGAGUCUAUCUUAGUUUCUGGUUUUAGUUAAAGUCUAGGAGAAUUACGAAACAUUAAUGCGUACUGUCUGAGAAUAGGUGCAUCCGAGAUCUUUGUGGCCUUCUGUCACCUAUAAACCAUAACAAAAAAGCAUGAUAUUACCACAUCAACCAGUCAGAGCUCUGGGCAGAUCUAUAUGAAUGUCAUCAGUAUGCCAAAACACAACAUUCCAACGGUAAGGAGUGAUGGGAGGCAACUGUAUUCACAAACUAACCUACAACACAUUGUUUUAGAAGUAUUUAAACAACAUGUCUUUUGACUUUUGACUUGUGGCAAUAUGAUGCUUUGACAUACUGUACGUUUUGUUCUCCUACAUUGUCUUAACAUUUCAAAUAUCGAGGCCAUGCUUCUCAUAUGUGUUUCUGCUUUUUAGGUGCGUUACGUGUGUUCUGCAGAUGGCUGUAAAUUGACAGAGGAUGAUGAACACAAUGUUCAAGACAGUGAAGUUCUUGUACUUAAACGGACACAACAGACUAUUAGAGCAGUUGAUCAGAGAUCUGGAGCUGAAAGGUACGGUAAUAUUAUUAUUUUCCUCUGUACAUUAGAAUAUUAAUAUAUUUUUGGUUUAUAGGUGAAGGUGCCCAUGGAUUAGCAGACAUUUCUGGCCACACUGGGCUUUACAGAAACUGUAUCUUGCAUUUUAACUUCUCCAAAUUUCUUUUAACUUUAUAGUCAAACCUCCAUAAAGCAGCCAGUAACCAAAGUCCUGAACUAAUUGUAGAAAAGAAUGGGGAAUUAAACCUCUGUUAAGCGGCCACCACCAUUGAGUGGCGGUGGUCACCUUUUGCUCCUUCCAGUAACAGUUCUUUCAUUGGUUUCAACUCUAAUAAUAAUAAUAAUAAUUAAAAAUUUAUAACGCGCCUUUUCCAUGCAAAUAUGAUCAAAAGGUAUUAACCGGCCAUCAAGUGCUUAAUACACUAAAGUUUGGCUUUACUCUAAGAACAUAAUGAAGGCAAAUAUGGUCCGAGAUAGAGGGUAACGAUCAAUUGUGGGCCAGUAAUGCUGGUCCUAUCUCAUGUUUGUUUCAAAAUAAAAUAGUGUCCCUGCUAGCUACUUUGCUAAUUUAUGACAAACCUCUAUUGAGCGGCCAUCCUUCAUUACAGUAGCCCCUUGCCAGUACCCUGAGGGUGACCGCUUGAUGGAAGGUCAGCUGUAUUUUUAAAUAUGUUUUUGUUGUAAUCUUUUAACAAAGCAAAUUGACACUCUAAGUUACAGAAUCAUUUUUUAAAUGUUCAUUAAUACCAUUGAUCCUAAUUCUUGCUUAUGAUAACAGUUAUUGUUGUAAAUUAUAUCUCAUUCAUGGUUUUGUGUAAUAUUGUAAUUAUUCCUUUUGUUCUCUUUCGUCCUCUGCCUCGUUUAGUUCUCUGCUAGUGAGUAAAAGAAGUUGCUGUGUUUUCCUGCCUUUUGAUAGAAUAAAGUUUUUAUUCUUUAAAAUUAUUUGUUAUUCAACUGCUGUGGCAUUAAGCUUAAUUUGGUGUAAUUGUUUUUUUUUUUUUCAGAUGGAACUUUUCUGUUGGACAGCAUGAUGUCAGUUUCUUAGAAGCCCUUUCAAAAGAGAGUGAUAAUGGCCACUGUUCAGUUCAUGAUGAAGAAGUGUUUGCAGACUGGAGCCUUCGUGUGUCCAUACCUAAUGGUCUUGUAGCAGCAAUGGGCUCCCGUGGCUCUAAGCAGGCUGAAAUGGUACUUUGGAGUCAUCAGUUUGAUUCACCAAUAGCUGCAGUUUGGAGACUCAAUAGGGGAUUCAUUCAGCAAGUCAGUGUUCUUUCAGAGGAAGUAAUGCCAGAACUAGCUGAUUCCACUUCAUCAAAGAUGUUUCCACAAGGACCAGUGAUGUACAUAGGUGAUUUUACUAUUUCCUUUUUAUCAUUGAAGUAACGGAAAUUUAGAGGGCUGUACAUGCUACAGGUCACAAUUAAACCACUUAAUGUGUGUCUCUGUCCUAACAGUAUACUGACCCAUACACUGUAACUCAAAUGCUAACUUAAUGGGUCAUUUAGAAUGUCUAAAACAAAGUUCAGCCCCUUUCAAAACUUGUUCGAUUAUUAUAAUAAAUUGAUUAAUUGAUUAAAUUAACCUGCAAGUAGUUUUUAACAAACUUGCCUAAUGAAGGAUGAUAACAAAAUUAAUACACCUUUAGAUCUAGUAAUAUUAACCUGGUCUGGACCAAAUUGACCGAGGUUGAAAACAGAUUGACCUAAGAAACAAAUCAACCUACAACAUGUACAUGUAUGCAUUAAUGAUAACCUUUGAUAAAAGAUAAUUAUAAUAAGGAUUGUUAUUUAUUAAUUUCUUGUGCAGGGUUGUCAAGAUUAGCUGGCUGCCGGUGAAAAUUGCAGCCUACUUGGUUAUUAUCAGCCAGCUACCCUGCUUAGCAUUUCUUUAUGGAUGGCAUUUUAAAUGAAAUAUCCCUACUUUGACAACUCAGUCUAGUUCAAAACUUUCUGACAACCCUAUCGUGUAUAAAGCUGUAUCAAUGUGCUUAAGAAUACUUGUUUUUAUUGAUCACAUUGUUAAUGUGGCAAUAAGAAAAACCAAAUAUUCACUUUGAGAAAAAUCUGAAUAAUAGAGAGACCAUCUAGGUUGGAAAAAGGGAACCUGUCCUAAAAUAAGUAACUCUGACUAGCGAUAUCAGGAACUUUUAAGAGUAUUCUAGAUAUUGACACACAUUUUCUUUUCUGUAUACCUAAGGGAAACAUGAAGGCCAAGUCUAUAUUCAAACAUCAGCGCCUUAUAACCCCACUAGUGAAGCAGCAGCUAAAAUUGGUACAGUCAGCGGUAAUGAAGUGGCACAAAGGCCUCAACAAAUCACUUGGAAGCCAUAUCUUACAAGCUCACCAUCGCGAACACCAACUGUUGUUACUAAAGAUUUAGCUGUGUGGAAUCCUAUGGAGUAUCCAUUUGGUAGGCAUCAUGGGCUUAAUAGCUACUUGCUAUUGCAAUAUUAAAUUUGUGUUAAAAUUUGUUGAUGGUGUUUUUCACUCCCUCCUCUUUCUUAGCAAGUUUGAUUUGCAUUCAUUGUGUACCCCAGUGCAACUAAUCAUCUUUCAGUAGUCUUUUAAGAUUGCUCGAGUUUCCAGGGGUUUCAAUGAAAAUUGAAGUAGCCCACAGGUUUGAAAAAAGUAACUGACUGUAUCAAAAAGAGGCUUUUACUCCCCUUCUUGUACAGGGGGUCUGGGGUUGUGCACCCCUUGAAAAUUUGAAAAUUUCAAUGCCCUACGAUGCAAUUUCCACUAAUUGUCAAAUCCACACUCUGCUACUAAGUUCUUAUACAUGUGGCCUCAUUUUCAUAGUUGCAUACUAUAUUAUUAUUUCAGUAGCUAUCUAAUUCUUGCUACACCAGUAUAUUCUCAACUGGGCUCAUUGUUCCACACUGUAAGUGUUCCACUUUAAUCCACUGAAACCCCUAUCCACUGCUAUUGAAAUUUGAAGUCUUAGAACCAAAAAUAGUUUAGCACAAGCACUCAAGUUGUGAGUUACUAGUAUAGAUGGGCAAUGCAGCUAUAAAAUUAAUGGCUUUUUUUCUACAUGAAAUACCUACAGACAAUGGCUAUUACUUAUAUGGUGAGGUGAUGCCAGUGAUUCCGCCACAUACUUGUCAAAAAGACAAGCAGUUGUUCCCCAAGAAGAGCACUAUAAUUGACAAUGCUAACACCUCUUCAGAGACAACUAUUGAUCGGCCUGCUUCCUCUAUGCGGUGGUAAGUUGAUAAGAGUGUAUGUUUUUAGUCACACUCUUUUAAAUAUCCUCUCUUUGCGAUAGCGUGGCUGAAAGUGCAAAUAAGUAUUUUGAUGUUAAUAUAUAGCUUGAUUUUUAUAAAAGGCAACUGUAUAUUCAUCAAAAAAGUAAUUUAUUUGUCUUCAUGGCAAAAUAAUAAUAAUUAAUUCAUUUCCGGUACUUUAAAUUUGUGGAUCUACAGUUGAUAAAUUAUUCUCUGAAGUACUUUGAACUUGCUCCUGUUCAAAUGACAGGGGUGGAGGAAAAAUGUUCAGACUGUGACAAAUGUUAUGUCUUCCUGAAGUUCAGUUCACUCACAAAACAAACUUUGAUGUUAAAAUAGGAGAGCUACCUGAUAAGUACUAGUUAUUUAAAUGAACCUUUACACUCAGUAGUUCUUAUCUGGAAGUGUUUGUCAUCACUGCAGGUAUGCUGCUGUAUUUGUGACCUUUGCUACUGCUGUUGUGGCUCAAGUAUUGCUUCAUGUCCUUAAUGGACCCAACAAGAAAAAGGUCAGUUGUCUCCAAAUACACAUCUAAUUACCAGUAUGUUAAUUGCUAUUCCAUUUUCACUUUCACACUUCCUAUUAUGGUCAUGACAUGUACAUGUAUCUUGUCCAUUGUGAACAAAACUACUGCUAUACAUGUAAGUAGACAGGUCUAUCUAUUUAUUGUUCUUGCAAGAGCUAGCAAAAUUAAAAACCAACAGCCCCACAGACUCUAAAGAGUAUAUUUUAUAAUGAUUUAGUAAAUUAGUGAUAGUCCUCAGCUUAAAAGCUGUUAUUUAGAUGGUCAAUGAUUUUAUUAUACUUAAAUUCACAUGAUAUGGAUGUACGACCCAAUUACAACAUUGCAAACACCACAGGAAAGUACUAUGUACAUUGUUUUUUCCAUUUGAACAUUUAGAAUCUUCACAUAGUACAGUUCUACUAACUGCUGUCAGGUUGCAUGUCAGGUGCAAAGGGUGAAAGGAGAAGGGUGGACUAAUGUAAAAGGGCUGUCUUCCCAAUACCUCUCUCUUUUCUCUUCCUUGGACCCAUCUGUUUCGAUGCCUCUUACACAGGCUAAUUUCUAUAGCAGCCACAUUUAUAGAUUGUGUCAGUCUAUAAACUCUUAUGAUUGAACCAGCCUCAACUCAAGUUUUGACUCCAGGGUGCAAUUAAGUAUAAUCCCCAGUAAAAUAACAAUUAUUGUUACUGAUAUUGUGGUUGUCUGUCACUCUAACAUCACAGGGUGAAGCAGUAAAUUUGCAGUUGCAGAGGCUACCUUCAAACACACUAACAGCAACAUCAUCUACAGCCUCACUGGAAACAGUCAUGGUAAAGAUAUUUUUAUACAUGAUUAUCAAAACGUAAAUUUUCUCAUUACUGUACGUACUGAGUAAAUCAACUUUCUCUACCCUAACUCUGUUUAGGUAUGCAGGCAUUUUGCCUUUUAGUAGAAAAAUUUUAGAAAGCUGCCAAUGUUAAAUUAAUAUAUAAAUACUAUUUUACCAGGGUCAAUGUUUAAUGCCGCCAUUUGUCUCAUCUUUUUCUCAGGGAUCUUCCUCACCAACUACACCCAACUCAUUUGUGUCAAGGUAAAAAUGUUAAAUGUUUUCCUCAUGACUAUGCCAGCUCUAUAUUCUUCAUUCUGUACAACUUUAUUUACUUUGUAGUGACACUAAAUUAUUAAUAUAAUCAAUUUAAUAAAAAGCAGCUGUAUUUUGUGGUGAUCAGGAACCCAGUCCAUAUAAUAUUAUACUUUCAACACAAUUUAAGGUGCCCUGGUCAAAAAAUUUGACCUGGUAGCUCAUUUCUGCCUCAGAGCAAUUAUUUAUUUUUGAAAUUCCAAUAAUUAUUGAAAACAACUUCAAAGCUGAAUUUUGAAUGACUUUUAGUCAUGGACGUCUGCUGCAAUGAUUUCUCUGAAAUUUCCCCGGCACUCAAUUGUAACAAUAAAAACUGAUACCACAAAUUUCAGUGAACAGGAUCCCUUGAGGUAUUCAUGCAGCAUGAAUUGGUGUAUGUAAGGACUAUUUGAUUGAAAUUCAAAUUGACUAUUUGAACCUAUUGUGUAGUUCCAGAAAAUAUCCAGACCCCCACCACGGAGGGAAUUUCACUUAGGACCCCCCCACCUCCCUGGAUUUUCCAUUUUUGCAGGGAACUGAUGACCCCCCCACCCCUUCGGAAUUUCCACAAAUAUGACAAAGACCCCCCAACCCCUCUGGAAAAGUUCAUUUUCACGAAGAAAGACUAUUAAAGUAGAAGAAUGAGGCAACUUAUGGUUAGUACGUAACGGUUUCCAUCAGAAGCUUGUAUGCUUCUGUAUCCAUUUAUUUGAGUGAUCUCGCAACAUUAAAUCACACUACACCACCAUCUCCUUACUUUAAAUGAAACAGAGAAAGUUAACAAGUCGGUUAUAUUUGUGAAUUUACCUUAAUCAGGGCAAGCUUCGAUUUGUUAUUCGUCUCAUGGGCGUAAUGUUGAUAGAAUUAACGCCAUUUCGUGCGGGAAUGCAGAACAAGUCAAACUUACGAUCACAAAAUUAAUGCAAAACAAAGAGGAGAAUAAAAACUCUGAAUUCGGAAAUGAUAACAAUGAAUACCCCCUGCAUCUUGAAGAUACUUGAAGGGAAACCAAGUUCAAUUUACUGUUUUUCGAUCGACUGAUGCGACGUGAUGCGCGAUCGCCGUAAUAAAUGUUUGGUGAAAUCGACACCAUUUCAGCGAGAAUUCGAUCAAGAACAUGCCACACGUUCAACUACAAAAUUAAGGGAAAAUGAAAAGGAGAAUAAAAACUCUUCAUUCUAAAAUGGUUACAAUGUAUAGCUUGUGCUUCGUGAGGCAAAAUUGCCACUCUUCUGAUCUACCGAUCGACUGACGCAACGUGUUGUGUUGCGUGAUGUGUUGCAUGCGUUGAUGUUUUGGGGAAGACUGGUAACGAGUAAUGGCGGCCGAAUAAUACGAGCAUGCGAUAAAACGACUUGUAGUCGGUCUAAUUCCUUUAAAAUUACAUCCAAAACGCUUUUGGAAGAAAGGAAACCUGGUUAAGUUUAAAAGGAACAAUCUUAAGUGAUAUAUUUCAAGUUAUUUAUGUCCUAAAAAUGAUCUACCAGGUCGGUAAGAAGCAAUGUUCGAUCUCAGGUCGAAAACAAAAUGAUAUUGCCCCCCUGGAAAGUGAUUUUAUGGUCCAACCCCCCUCCCUUCUGGAAUUUCCUGGGCCUCUGACCCCCCCACCCCCCUGGAAUUUCCAAUUCCCUCCGUGGUGGGGGUCUGGAUAUUUUCUGGAACCACACAUUUCACUCUUCGAGGCUCGAAGAGUGAAAUAUAUUUCGAGGAUUUUAAAACUUCUAUAACAUUUUUAUUUUUACAUUUUACAUUUCGUACACGUGCAUUGAAUGUGGUAAUGAUGUGAUGUCUUAUUUUACAAGUAGUUUAACCCAUUCGCCCCUGAACCGCCCGUAACCGCCCGUGCGGAUCCAGGUCCUUUCUACCCUUUGUGACGUCAUCAGUUUUAACGGUCAAGGACAACUUUCUUCGCACACGUGUGCAGAGUGAAGAGAUCUUUCAAACCAUACCAGAAUGAGCACAAUUCAGUCAAGGACACCGGAGAAAGAAGCAAAAAACCACGUGACAAGGACCUGAAAAUCUCCAUGAAAAUCUUGUUCCAUUACCCACCUACCUUUCCUUUCACCUAAUCCUAAGAUCCUAAAAAGCUUUCCUAAAAACUCUUCCCACCAAAAUGAAGCCUACUAAAUGCCCAGCAAGAAAAAAAAAAUGAGGCAAGAAAAGAAAAAAAAAAGGGAGGAGAGAAAGCGAAAAGUAAAAGUCAAGACUGCUGUGUCACUUUUAAACCCAAAAACUAUCUCGAAAUUUUGCUUUCUGCGCAUGCCCGAACUUCGCAAGCUGAUAUUUUGCAUCUGGAUCAGAAGGCCGCCAAGUGUACGACCUGUAAACCGGUUUGUGGUAAGUUUUAGCUCUUUAUAGCACGACAGUGACCAGAAAACCACUUGACUAGCUUCAAAACGCGUUUUUCGGCAAAAUCUCCAGGAGCGAAUGGGUUAAGCAGAGUACCAAGCUUUUUGAAAAAAAUCCACUUUUCAGCAUAAAACAACCAAAUCUGUCUAUUUCAUGUAAAAUCAGGUGAAAAAGUUGGUAAAAGGCCAUUUUUAGGUUUUUUGAUUAACCCAUUCGCCCGUAACCGCCCGUGCGGAUCCAGGUCCUUUCUACCCUUUGUGACGUCAUCAGUUUUAACGGUCAAGGACAACUUUCUUCGCACACGUGUGCAGAGUGAAGAGAUCUUUCAAACCAUACCAGAAUGAGCACAAUUCAGUCAAGGACACCGGAGAAAGAAGCAAAAACCCACGUGACAAGGACCUGAAAAUCUCCAUGAAAAUCUUGUUCCAUUACCCACCUACCUUUCCUUUCACCUAAUCCUAAGAUCCUAAAAGCUUUCCUAAAAACUCUUCCCACCAAAAUGAAGCCUACUAAAUGCCCAGCAAGAGAAAAAAAAAAUGAGGCAAGAAAAGCGAAAAAAGAAGGGAGGAGAGAAAGCGAAAAGUAGAAGUCAAGACUGCUGUGUCACUUUUAAACCCAAAAACUAUGUCGAAAUUUUGCUUUCUGCACAUGCCCGAACUUCGCAAGCUGAUAUUUUGCAUCUUGAUCAGAAGGCUGCCAAGUGUAUGACCUGUAAACCGGUUUGUGGUAAGUUUUAGCUCUUUAUAGCACGACAGUGACCAGAAAACCACUCGACUAGCUUCAAAACGCAUUUUUCGGCAAAAUCUCCAGGAGCGAAUGGGUUAAGUUAUUCGAACACAUUCCUAGUCUUGGCAUUUACGAUUUCUCAAAAAUAUAAUAAUAUUGUUACCAAUAUUAUUUGUGUCAUUAUAAUCAACGUGAAAAAAUAGUAGUAUUAUAAUAAAAUUAUUUGAUGUAUUUUCUCACAGAUACCUAUCUGACUUUGAACAUGAACUGUGUUUGGGUAAAGGUGGUUUUGGUUUAGUGUUCCAAGCAAAGAACAAGCUGGAUGACUGUCAGUAUGCCAUCAAAAGGAUUCAUUUACCCAACUGGUAAGAGCUGUCAACUACAGGUACAUGUAAAAGUUGCUUAACUUGUCUCUGCAUGCUACUUUUUAAAGAACACAUCUUUCUGUCGAAGUGUAAGCUUCUGUAUGGGUAUUUUCACGAUUGUCAUAAUUUGAUGGAGUGACAAUCUUAGAGAUUAAAGUGAAGAUCACAUUGAUAAAAUAUUAGUCUGUAAUGACGGCAAAGAAACCAGUCAAAAAGUGAGCUGCACAUUCAGAGUUUUUUGUUUUGCCUAUUUCCUUGUUUCUAUCAUCAUUGUGGUUGCGAGCAACUCACAAGGUGCAUUACCAUGCAGAACAGUGCUUGGUAUGUGACGAUUUCUCCUGAAAACCCAACAAUUUGAUGGAAAAUGUGCAAUGAAAUCAACAUCUGCGGGUACUUGUACCUGUACAGAGGCUUAAAUGUUUGUGGUUGUCUAAUUGAUUUGUUUAUUAUUGUUGUUUUUGUUUGUAAAGUGAUGAAGCAUUAGACAAAGUGAAACGGGAGGUGAAAGCUUUAGCCAAGCUGGAGCAUCCUCAUAUUGUGCGGUAUUACAAUUCAUGGUUUGAGGCGCCUCCUGUAGGCUGGCAGGAAGAACUUGAUAUGCAGAUGCUUGAACAAGGGUAUGUACAGUGUAUGGUAUAAUGAAACAUUGUUGCUACUACAGUAUAAUACAAAUUUAAAUUGCCACCUCAAGGAAAAAAACCAAUUAUUAGAAUGAUAAACUGCAAUUUCUUUAACAAAAAGAAAAAGUGGAAGCAAUGAUUCCUUUCAUUCUUGCUUUCGGUCCUCUGGAUACACCGAAGUUAUUGUAGAAACUUGCAAUACACAGACGGCUUAAACCAUUUAGUUCUAGUAGUUUAAUUUAUAGUUCAAUUAGCAGCUACUAUUUAAACUUAAACCAAAAUAAUGCCUACAUCCGUCACCACAAAGAUACUGGUAUUAAAACCCAUGAAAUUACAUGACUGUAUCUCUGGAAAAAGAACAAAUCCAGAUUAUCUAGUUUAUUUAUUUGUUUACUUCUUUUCAAAAGGUCUUUCUGUGGAUUACCUUCAGAAGUUCCAUCAUUUAAUUCAGGAAUUAUAAUGAAGGCACCAUCUACAGAACAACUCUUGGAACAAAAUGGUAAGUCAAACACUUACGACUGUGUCAUAAAGUGUGAUUGUUAUUUUGUUGAUAAAAGGUUGCCCACAGGAAAAACUCUUGAUUAUGGUCAACAGAUAAAUUCUACAGUCAAGUGCUUUGUGAUGCUGUUAGUAGUUAAUAAUAUUGUUGUCUUAGUUUGCAAUAAACCAGGGGUCAAUUUAAUAAAACUAUUACAAUUGAAAUUUACAGUUCACUGCAGUAGCUAUUGUUUUUAGACACUAAAUCAAUUGGCCUUGUAAAUAAUUUGCCCUUUUAAUAUAUUGACCCUUGUGUCUGAUCCCCUUAUUAAAAGUUUCAACUUUCUCAUCUUAGGAACAAUCUUACUAAGGGAAGCAGGAAAUAAAAUUGGCCAAGGAUUAUGACUUCAUUAUUGUUUGGAAAGGCACAUUUUCAGAAAAUGUAAUUGAAAAUGAGUAAGCAUAACAUCAUAAUAUCCACCAACCCUUUUACAUUGCAGGUGUACAGGAGGACAAAUUUACUAGAAGAAGGAAGAAAACAAAUUCUGGCUGCCGAUCAAGACAUUCUUCAUUUAAUUCAAAUAAGGAUGAAGACUACAUUCAUGACAGUGUAAAUGGAGAGAUUGAUAUCCACCAGUUAGAGAAUGAAGCGUUCAUAGAGGGACAUGAAGUCAGUGAUUCCUUUAGUAUAGAAUUUGAAUCCUCAAGGAAUAACAGACAUUCAAAUUUGCCGAAAACUGGAAUCUAUACUAACUUUAAAGAAGACAGUGCAUCUAACAGCAUUGUGUUCAGAAGUUCAGAUUCAGGCCAAAUUCAGGUUGGUGCAGACAUAUUUAAUUCAUUAUUAUUUACCUAAUUCUGUAAAAUACUUUAACCUUCAUUCGUUAUGGAAACAUUGUUUGUGGACAGUAGUCAGGCCUUGAAAAAAGUCCUGUUCAGUAGGAAAAUAGGUUUUCUUGCUGGGCAAGUAACUUUUAAAGUUCACCUGCAUGAUGGGCAAGGGUUAAGGCGAGCCAUCAUCCAACUAAAUCAUUAACUAAGAGAAGCAAGUAGUUGCCUAAUGGCCAAGCAAAACAUGAGAGAUGCUUGCGCAAAGGACAUGCUGGAAUUCAAGUGUUUUGGGGGGCCUGAGAAAUGGCUUAUGAAAAAACUUGUUAUUGCAGAUCACAUGAAGCAAAAGAUUCAUCACAAAAUGAAAUGGUAUGCGGGACACAAAUUUUGAAAAUGCUGAGGUUUGACUUGUGGGGUAAAGGAAGAGUGACAUGGAAUAACGAAAGGGUCAUUUGUCAGGAAAAAAGCCCCAAGUGAUCAUGACUUCUUAUGUUUCUUGUAAGGCAAAAGGAGAAUUAGCCAAGUUCGAACUCUGUUUACUUUGUAACAUAGUAAUGAUGGGGGGUGGGGGCAUUGGAAGUAAAUAAGAAUUGACAGUAUGAAUAAAUGUCCUACCAGUCUGGCAAGAUUAAUACAAUAGGGACUGUCUGAAGUAGUUGAUCUCUAAGCCAGAGAUACAUCAUGGAAGUUGUCAUAAGAAUUUAUUGUUAUUUUUUUAGGAUGGGAACAGUAUUGGAUCCUUGUCAUUAUCAAGCACUUCAGAAGACUCAUGUUCCAGGGAAACCUGCUCAUCAGAAGAAAUGCAUUUCACUUCCUCACAUCGCUCUCUGCUUUCAAGUAAUGUUUUGCUCUUUACAGAAUUAUUCAUUGUUUAUCUGACAUUUUCUUUCAAUUUAACAUAUUUUUUCUUGAGUGCUGCGGAUUUAUUCUUUAAAUCACACUCAUGACAUGCCAAAUAUCACAUUUUUCUUGUAUUUUUAAUUGUUCAUGUGUUUUUCCUAUGAUCAUUUCAGGGGAUAAACACAAGUGUCAAAAUGAAGACUGCAACGCCGAUAGACGGUCAGCGCCCCUAUACGUAUUUAUUCAGAUGCAAUUGUGUCAGCGUGAGAGCCUAAAGGACUGGCUGAAAGCCAAUCAAGAGCGCAACCACGUCUUCUGCCUUACAGUGUUUGAACAGGUUAUUGAGAAUUUGUGUUUACAUGUAAAUAGUAGAUACAUCAUGUGCAAGCAGAUUCAAUCCAUCCUAAAGUCUUUGUCUAGUUUAGCUUUCUUUAUGUAAAAGUACACGAUUUGAACUCCUUUUAAACUCGCUUUUGUUUAUUCAUUCCUUGAUAAUGGCAUCAUGAGGUCCUCAAGACGUCAGGACAAAUACGUCACUAGUUUUAACUUCUUCAUGUCUCUGAAAGUCAUUAACUUGCAUUAACAAGGAGUGCUAUUUAAUUAUAGGGAUCCAUAUUCAUUUUUUCUCACAGUUGUCAGUCGGGCAAGUAUGCCUGGUGGCAUACUUGUGCAGUUACAAUUUUGGUUACCUGGACAAAAGUGCAGAAUUAAUUAUUUAAAAGAAUAGUGAAAAAAUUGUGUGCAACUUGAACAUUCCUGAUAGCAUAUUUUUUACUUCCAUUAUUGGUAGUAAGAAAGACAGUGUGCUUACGUUUUCCCCCGUAUAAGGCAGUGGCUCCUGCAUCACUUUUUUAUUUCCGUCGAAGGUAGUGAAACGUCUUCUAAAAGAUGUCACAUCUUGUUGCGUAUAAGGCACCAGCUUCUGCUUCACCUUUUUUUUUUUCUGCUGAAGGUGACGAAAUGCCUUCUAAAAAAUGCCACAUCUUGAUAAGUGCUGUCACGUUUUCUACAAAUGGCCUCUAAAUGCAGCACUUCACAAAAAACUGAGCCUGCGAUCAUUUUGCAGAAAAAACUGCACCGUCAUCUUAUCGUUGGUAUGAGACUGUAGUCGUCUUGGACGACUGGGAGUAUGGAUCCCUGUGAUUAUGUGACUUCUUAGAUUGAGUGAUUAUUCAUAUUUCAUAUUUGGUUUGUAUCAUUAACCUAAAUUUGUGAAGACUUUAUGUUUAAUACUUCUGGCAACUACCACAGUGCUCCAGGGUUUUAGUUUUGUACCCAAGGAAAAUAAAAUAUGGCUCCUAAAACUUCACUGGGCUUACUAAAUAAUUAUUGGAAUAAGAAAGGAAGAAAAAUAAAUUUAUUUUGACUGAUAAUUUUUGUAAACAUAACUCCAGCCUGUAUUAGUGCCAUGCUAAUAUUACUUACUGAAAUGAGUCUUACUCAAAGUGAACUCUUCAGUAUUCAUUUCAUUAAUCCCUGUGUACUUCAUUACAUUUAGUUUCAGUGUUUCGUAUAUAUUAGCUUUAGCCACUGGUUGUUAAAGGUUGUUUUGUACUGUCGUACAGAUUCUGCAUGCUGUUGAGUACUUUCAUGGUAGAGGACUUAUGCACAGAGAUUUAAAGGUAUUAAAGUCAAUAAUUAAAAAUAGAAAUUAAUUUUAUUGUACCCCAUGGGUACAAAGAAGUGAAUAAUUUAUUCCAUUGCUUUUGUGUUUUAUCUUUUGUUUCUAAAAAUAUUUUAACUUUCAAUUGUCACCUUUUUUGUAUGGCAGCCAUCUAAUAUCUUCUUUUCUAUGGAUGGGUCUGUGAAAGUGGGUGACUUUGGUCUGGUGACAGCUCACACAUCAGAAAAUAACAUGGACAGCCCUGUGAAAGGUACAUCACUGUAACUAAAUCAUUGGUCUGUUUUUUAUUUUGGUUUAGGUAAGAACUUGAGCCCAAGAAAGACUCUCAUCAAGGCUCCGUUUCACUUUUUUAUCUCUUAAACUCUUAAACUCUUAAACUAUUGUGGAUUGGCUUAGUUCAAGUUAGACUUCAUUGUGUCAAAGCAAUAUUUUAAGUUUGUUUCAUUAUCUUCAAUUAACCAAAAAGAGAAGAAAGUGCAAACGAAAGAGGCGUGGUGCCUUACAAAUUCAAAGUUUCACCAGAUGAGGGUGCUUUUGGUUUCUGGAGCUCCUGUCAAAAACCAAUUUUAAUUGCUUUAAUUAAUUUUUUGUGAUCUACUUCAUUGUCCAUUUGCUUCGACUUCAUACAGACUAGUAAUCCUGAUAAACUGUGUGUGUGUGUUGCAUUGGAGUACAUGUAAUAUGUAGCAUGGAAAUAAUAUAAGCAUAGUAUAUGCCAUCCAGACAACUUAUCGGUAACAAUAUAACAACUCUAAAUUAAAAAUUAGCAAAUCUCUCAGUUCAGUACACAUGAUAUUUUUAGAGGGGCUACUUCUCAAGUGGUGAAAGCUCAUUAUUUUUGUUACUUUCCCUUGAGUUGAUCACAAUAACCUUUUUUUGGCUUCCCAACAACUGCUUUUUAUUAAGAGUUUUCAUUUAUGAUGUUAAUAGGAAUUUAAAAAAUGUGUUGUACGAUACAUCAUUAUUUUUUUCUCCAGUUGUUUGCCUUUCUGCAUGAUGUAUUGAUUUUACAUUCUUUAUUGUUAUCCUUCAAAGGAUCUUUUAUAGAUGACAUAAACCACACAAGUCAAGUGGGAACCCAACUUUACAUGAGUCCUGAGCAGGUAAUAAAUAUUAACAAAUGAGGUCUACCUUCUUCUAUCUUCUACAAUACACAUAAACAGUAUAAUUAUUAUUUAUUUACAGAACAACAAGACUGUGGGACACAGUCAAAAGCGACAAUACUACAAAAUUUGAGACCUUUUGAGACUAUGAUUGUAUUUAUUUUGCAAAGAACAACAGUUGUUUACUAAUAAAUUUCCAACCACCCUAUAUUCCUUAAAACAUGUUAAUACAAGUUUUAAGGGGAUCUACAACCCAAACAUAGAGGAGAUUCUGGUUGCAACCUUUCUGACGGUUUGGCAUUAAACCAAAAUAUCUGGAUAUUUUAAGGAAUGACACAUUGACAUUCUCUGGUUGUAUCGGUUUUUAUAGGUAGAAAAGUUGUGACAAAAACACUAUGUAGAUUGUGUUCAUCAAACUGAGUGAAUCUGACGUUCUAUCUGUAAGGCAUAAUUCUAACUGAUCAGAUGCAAUACUUUUAAUUCUUCAAAUCUCAGAUGGAGGGAAAAGCAUAUUCACACAAAGUGGACAUCUUUUCACUGGGGCUCAUCUUUUUUGAACUGUUUUGUCCAUUUAGUACACAAAUGGAGAGAAUUAAGGUAAAAAUUUGCUGAAAAAUAUUAAAUAUUUUUAUUGAUUUGUUACUAAUAGAGUGGUGGAUUGAAUGGCAGCAAGCUUAAGAGAGCUAUAAAAAACAGUGACAAAAAUAAUUUAAUGAGGUUUUUGUGGUGCCUGAGAUAAUCAGGGUUUGCUAACCAUGACAGCAAGAUAGAGUAAUCUUACCUUCAUAACCACUGUCUUAUAUGAAGCAGACUGAUCAAGGUUUUGUUUGUACUGUGUGUUGUCAAUAAUAUUUUUUCAAAAUGAGAAUUGAAAAUGAGAUUCGUCAGGUUCUUGUUCCCAUGGUAGCACAAUGCCAGAAACACUGUUAGUCUUGAAGACCGCAAGCAAUAAGAAAACCAUUUUUUGUUGGACUGGGCUUGUUUGCUCCAAAUUGUUGGCAAUACAGACUACAUGUCUCAAUGGAACAAGACUCCUCCUUGGUGAUUUCACCCUUUAUUUUCUUUACUGCACUUGCUCUUUCUUUCUUGCUCCUUGAUCCUCUGUAUUCUAUGACUUGUUAGGUGAUGUGUGGUGUCAAACAGAGGAACCUUCCCACUGAAUUUGAAGCAAAGAUGCCUCUUCAGGUAUGUUGCUAACAGCUAACCGGUCUCUUUUGUUUGGUCUCUCCCACUCUUUGCUCUAGUAUGGUUGAAUAAGACCUUUUUUCUGAAAAGAAUGUGCAGUUUGGGGUGGAAUGAACAGUACAGUUACGUUUUAAAACUGAAAGUGGCUUAACAGAGAUCCUUUCAAGGAAUGAAAAAGGGCAACAUAUGGUCGCCUGGAAUUUUCUUAGUACUGUGUUGUUAUUGAUUUAUUUCAAUUUGUAUUUUCCUUUAGUCACAACUUGUUCAAUGGCUUGUAUCAGCUACUCCCAAGGCAAGACCAAAUGCGACAGAAGUGAGAAAUAGUGACAUACUGCAGCAAAUCCGUCGAAGUGUUUCUUAAAAUUACUCUGUCAGUAGCCAUCCUAGUAGUGCACUCCCAGAGUACAGAGAGAAGGUGAUAAAACACGUGCUAAGUAUGUAUACAUUGUAGGGGAUGGAAUAAGUUAUAGUGUUGUGGUAGGUCUCAAUUUAGCGUUUCAUUGAUCAAUAGUUCAAUGAUGGACGGCAGCAAAUAUUCAGUAGAAGGAAUUGAAACAGGAAAAUAUGCAAACUGUACUGGAUGUACCAUGUUGCUAUUUGUCACGCCAAUUUUUGGAGUGUUAUUUUGGUGUGGCAAAAUAGUAAAUUAUUGACAUUUAAUGUAUUGUGUUUUGAGGAGCAAAAUAGUUUUUGAUAAAGGAAGAGAUACCUGUCACUAGGCAGAAUAGCUGUAUUUUAUAGACAUUUUUUAAAAUGUAUCAAACACUUUACCAUGUCUCUUCUGACAUGGUGCAGUCUAGUAUUUUUUUAAACUGACUGUGAAGUGUCUGGAUAACAGGUAAAACACUGUUUGGAGUAUAUAUAUGACAUAGUUGUUCAAAUGAACUAAUUCUUGAAGAUGUUGAAAACCACAGUUGGUAAAUUGUUAUCACAAUUAUCGUCUUUCUAAAUCUUCUUCACGUUAUUGAUGCGCUUUAUUCUCUCUUUAUGACUUGUACAUAAGUUUGAUAAAGAAAAACUGCCGUUCAUUCUUGGGACAAAGUUGAAUAAUUCUAGUAAGGUACCUUGUAUUUUGUGGGAAGGUUGUUUUUCAAACUCGUGACAUUUUUUUUUUCGAACUCUGCUAGAAGUAUCCCAUUCGCUUGUUAAGUUCGUUAUUCAUAGAAUUUGAUGUAUUAUGGACUUUUUGUAUCAUAAAAAAGAAAUGUAGAUAGGACUGUAAUUAGAUUUUUGAAACUUGUAUUAUUUAUUUUGACAAAGG